CACACGGGUCAGUACCACUGCGGCCUUCUGCAUAGAAACACUUUUUAUUUAUAAAAUAAUAAAAACUUAUUGGUUAAAGAAACCUUCACAGUACGCUUGACAUACGGUACUUUCACGAAUAAAAAAUGUCAUGGACCAAAGCAGUAGCGAUAACUGGAUGCGACAGCGGCCUUGGAUGGGCUAUAGCAGCGCGCUCAGCAAGAGAAGGUCUACUUACAUUUGCAGGAAUGUAUCAAGGCAUCGACACAGAUGCGUCACGUGCUUUGAAAAACAUAUGUGCACAUCCCUACCCUCUAGAUGUGACUAAAACGGAUAGUGUAAACGGAUUUCGGGAUUAUGUACAGAAUGUUAUGAAAGAUUAUCCAAAUUGUAAAUUAUAUGCCGUUGUAAAUAAUGCUGGGGUGAUGACAAUUGGUGACUAUGAAUGGCAAACUACGAAAAUAAUCGAAAACACGAUCAAUGUCAAUCUAUUGGGAGCUAUGAGAAUCGUGUCGGCUUUCUUACCAGAACUAAGGAAGAGUGCAGAAAAUGGGUUAAUAAAUCCUCGUAUAAUCAACGUGGCAAGCCACUGCGGGCUGCAGCCGUUGCCCGGCUUUGGCCCUUACAGCGCUAGCAAAGCUGGCUUGCUGGCUUGGACUCGAAGCUUGCGGCUCGAGCAACGGCAACAUGGAUUACACGCCCUUGCGUUCAUACCAGGUGGCUUCGUUAAUUCCAGUAAUCUAUUAUCAUAUCAAAUCAGCCAAGGUGAAGAUAUGGUGGAACAUCUGUCUGAAGAACAGAGAGUUCUCUAUGAAAGGAAAAUAAAGACCCUUUGCAACUAUCUCGGUUCAGCUGCGAACGAUACAAGAUUCGAUUCUAUGAAUGACGAAAAUAUAAUGGAAACAUUCUUUAGAGCCCUCAGCGAUGAAAAUCCUCAAGGAUUGUAUAAGGUUGAAUCGUGGAGGUAUACGUUUUAUUACAAUUUAUUAAAAUUGCCUGUGCCUGAAGGUUUACAUCUAUGGUUAAUUAAGAAAUUCGUCAAUUUCCCUCAAAUAGAAUAAACACAGCUGUAUUUCAGAGACUGAA